UGCAUACCUGCGCAAACUUGCGAGUCUUCUUUUGCACACCCAUUUUAAAACAGAUGCCUCGGUUGCUUGCCGGUUGUUGUAGGGAAAAUCUGCGGGAUAUGGGGUAGCUAUCACGUUGAUACGAUAAUGCUGAACCCAGAAGAUUUUGGAGAUGCGGAAAAUCAGAUCACGGGCCGAUAUUUCGCCGGAUAGCAAAGCAGUCCCUCCAUCAUGUGACCUACCCGUGACCGCUGUUCCAGUCGCACGGCGUCCCCGUCCGUCUAACUUGAAAUGGCAGUGUCUUUAUCUGGAGCCUGGAACCAGUGCCAGGGUCUGGCUGGCCAGCCAGCACGUUCUGCACUCGUUGGCUUCAGUAGAAGUAAUCUGCUUCCAGCGGGACGAUGUUUCAUCGGGCCUGAAUGCCACAAUGCCAUUGUGAGUGUCCAGAUGGUUAUCAUUGUAGCACACUGUGUGCACCAUCACUAUCUCAGUAUGUUGCAACCCGUCUGGCUAGCAUGGUUAGAAUGCCUACGACGCUUUCUUAUCACAUCGCGGAAGUGGCCCAGUCCCAUCACCGUCCGAGCUCCUCGACCACCCCCGCAAUUGUCUUACUCCCGGGGCCUCCCACUAGUCCUAAAGGAUGCCCGUCACAGUGCUGCUUGUUGGUCACAUCACAUUGCAUACACUUUCCGCAGCAUUUGUGGAAGGAUAUUUUGGUCCACAUCAUUCUGGUGGUUCCCGGUGGAGUAAUGAGAGUGAUUGCAAUCAGCACAUUCUCGAUAUGUCUUAGC